AUGACCAGUGAAGCAUUUAUAGCAGCAUUCAAGAGAUUUAUUUUACGACGAGGAAUUGUUACAAACAUGUACUCGGACAAUGGCACCAAUUUCGUAGGCGCAGAGAGAGAGCAUCGAGAGCUUCAAGAUCUGUUUACAAACGAAGAACAUCAGAGAAGAAUCGUCGAAGAAUCAACCGCUCACCUCAUUAAGUGGCACUUCAUUCCACCCCGAUCCCCUCAUUUCGGAGGCUUAUGGGAAGCUGCUGUUCGGUCAGUGAAACAUCAUUUGAAACGAGUUGUAGCCAACGCCUCACUCACCUUCGAGGAAUUUUACACUACUUUAACAAUGAUUGAAGCUUGCUUGAACUCUCGUCCUCUCACUCCCCUUUCCACUGACCCAAAUGACCUUUCACCAUUAACCCCUGGUCACUUUCUCACUGGUGAUGCUUUAACCGCAUUACCUGAACCGAACAUUUGUUACAUUCAAUUAAACAGGUUGUCACAUUGGCAGAGGACACAGCAGAUUGCGCAGCACUUUUGGACACGAUGGUCCAAAGAAUAUCUGUCUCUCUUACAACAACGGCCAAAGUGGAGAUCAGAAGCAGCCAACAUCCAGCUCAAUCAACUAGUUUCUCCUGAAAAGAAGACAACUUGUCCCCUCUCAAGUGGGUUACAGGUCGAGUGGUGGCGGUCCAUCCUGGAGCGGACAAUAGGAUCCGAGUCGCCACCGUAA